CAACAUGCUGCUUCUGAACCUUAACGUAUAGCUAUAUUCUGUUUUCUACGAUAUAAUGAUAUUUAAAUAACUAAAUUAAUGGGGGCACAAUUCAAUGCUCUCUCAACAUUGAGGGGGACAUAAAAAAGACUUUAAAAAGAGUGAGGUCAGGAGCUCUCACUUAGCUUAUCAUAAGUGAAAAAUAAAGUAGUCCCGCCUUUAAUUGAUUUUGAGUGACACUUCUAGCAUACGUGCACUGCAUGAUCAGCUGGGGAGUGAGACUGAAAAGGCAGAAAACAUUCCAAACAGAAUCAGAGCCAUCCCCUCUGAAGCUAGGAGGCUCCUUCACCUUCCUGUGGGACACCAGCUGGACUUGGGAGAGGCCUAGUACUUGUGACGCAGAGGUGUUCGUGUCAGUGUGCGUGGCAGUAGCAUUUGGUGGUGUGGCACUAACGGAUUUACUGAGAUGCUGUGUCAUUUCUGGGUCAUAAUUCUGUCAUUUUGCCUGUGCAGUUGGUCAGCAAUGGCAGAACAUGGAAUGUGUCUGAAGAAGAUGAGGGCUUCUACUACUGUGAAUCUAAAAAUGAAAGGGAAACACUGAGAUCACAAAAGGUCUUUUUUUGCCAGCGGUGAUGGAGUGGAACUUCAUUCAGCAGCCCAGCAAUGUAACUGUCAGGAGGAAGGAUUCUGUUACUCUGACAUGCAGACCCCGCCGCAGCAGGCCCCCAGCUCAGGUUUCCUGGUUCAAGAAUAACCGUCUCAUGAAUCCAAUGCCUCACAUUAGCCUACAGAGCAAUGGAGACCUUCUCUUCCACAGAGUCCAGGACAAAGAUAGAGGAAUCUACUUCUGUCGGGCAUCCAUUGCUCACCUAUUCAGAGCUGUGUCUUCCAGGAAGGUUUAUCUGAAUGUGCUUGAUCCUCCCUCUCUGGAGAUUUGGCCUGUAAUGGUGACUGCUACUUUGGGAUCCAAGGUGCGAUUCCAGUGCCAGGUAUAUGGAAACCCACCACCUUCCAUUACAUGGUCAAAACAAGGCUGGUCGGUACUCACAGGAGGAAAAGUUACCAUAGGGGUGAAGAACGCCACCUUGUACCUUUCUUCAGUGAAAAGCUAUGAUGAGGGCUUGUACACAUGUGAAGCAUCCAAUGUUGUAGGACGUGCCCAGGGGACAGCUUCACUACGCAUGGCAGCUGAAGCUGAUCCUGGAGGUUUUACAGCUGGGGACGGAGAGGAGGUGCCUGUGGCCAUAAACAACAGUGCUGAGCAAAAAAGUAAUCCACGACAUCAGCAGGACUUGCUGGAGAGGAUGGAAUCAGCAAUCAAGAGCUUAAAAUUUCCAGAGACCACAUCACUCCCAAGAAAAUUCUCUGUGGCAAGCAGUGUGACCCUAGAUCUGCAGAGUUCACUGGGCAAAGAAAACUCAGCACCCCCUGCAGCCCAGAACCUGCUGCAUGUGAUGGAGUCCAGGCCUUUCCUGUUCCCCUCUCUUAAUGCUGAUUGGACCUCAUCUGGACUGGGUGACAGUUUGAAGAAUUUAGAAGGACUAGUGCUCAAGACAGAAAGGCUUGCUGGUACCGAGGCAUUUUAUGUUCCACUCUAUACACGAAACAUGGCACCUCAAAGCAGCUUGGAUGAAGUAAUGCCAGGGGCUAACACAGAACCAUCUACAAUAUCUACAACACAACUGCUCAUUGGGUCUCAUUUUCUGUCCCCUGACCAUCACUCCUCACCAUCUAAUUUCUACUUUUCACCCCCUGAUGACAAUAAAUUCCUCCCUCAUAUACCUUACUCACUGUCUGUUGACACAGACACUUUCCCCUGUCAAUCUCAAGCACUGUCUCCUGAACCUCAGUCACAGCCUCCUGAUCUCCACUCCCAACCUCCUGGUCAUGAGCCUCCACCCCACAGUCCUUCCCUGUCAGAGGAAGACUGGAUCCCUACCUCAACUGCCGAGGAGCAGAAUGGGAACCAACCCACUUCACCAGCUGAAAACCAUGAAAUACAACUAACGGACUGCCCCAAGAGGAACACGUCACAGCCUCCCAUGAGGAACAGUGAUGGCAUCAACAGUGUAAUGCCGGAGUCAUAUCCAUGGUUACCAGCACUGGAGAAACACGACAUUCCAAUUGUGGUGGGAGUGGGCGUGUCCCUCAUCUUCAUUUUCAUUACCAUGGCAUUCUACUCUCUAGUUCAAAAGAAUGAACCAGCACCCAUUGGACGAGCAGCACAGAGGAACUUUCGUGGACACAGUGGCCAUCCAGAGACAAGAAGGACAUAUGAGAACAGGGCAUUUGAAAAUGAUGUGGUCGAUGUAACUGAGCAAAACCCCAAUACAAGAACUACAGUCCUCUUACCAUCUACCAACUCCGUAACCAUGGUGAUGGAGCCUGCCUCUGACACUUCAACCAAGCGAGUCCAGUUGACCCAGGGCCAAAUUACCACAGCUGAGCCGGAUCCUGAACCAGAGACAGGUCAUCCUCAGGACAUAGAUUAUUGUGUGGAUGGGGAGUGUGGACAAUGCCAAGAUGCCUACAACCCCCCACCCCACAGCAUACGGGCCAGCCAGGAAGAAGGGAUAAACACAUUCCUGACACUGCAGACAGCUGAACCAUGUGGCACGCCCAUUCACCACAGUGUCAGUAUCUCCCAUAGCUCUACACCUCUACUGCUUUCUCACUGCGUUUCCUUGGGGGUCACUACUGUGUCUGUGGAUGUGCACUACUAUCCACCUCACUCAGCUUCUUCCCCUUUUACUUCCACGGCUCCUGAGCUCAGUGGCGGCUCUCAGUUGGCUCAGAGCCAGACAGCUCCCAAGCUGCUUUAUGGUGAGUUUCAGGUUGGACACUUCCAUAACACUAAUAAAUGUUCCAAUAAAUGAAUAAGCCCAACACUUUAGAAAUACAUUUUCCUGUUGUUCUCUUUUUAAUCUUAAUUGUAGUGCAGAGAACGUGUUUGUAAAUAAACACAUUACAUUGAUGAAGGACCAAUACAGGAGAUAAGGAGAGGAAUACAUGGGGGAAGAAUAAAGAAGAAAUGAGACAAGAGAGAAGACAUCUGUGAAUAAACUUCCUUUUUCUGCCUAAAGCAUAAAUACAGUCUAUUAGAUCCUCAUGCCUGUGUUGAGUGUAUUUGUGUCUGCUUUGUGCCUUUUGAAUAUAUUUGCUUUAGGGUUAUGAUUUCUUCUUCAACCCAAACUUGAAAAAAUGUAUUUGUUUUUAUGACAAACAAUAAAUCCUGAACAUAU